UAGCUCGCAGGCGCAGUUGCAGUUGCUCCUCUCUACUCCCUGAACUUCCUCUCCUCCACACACCACACCAGAAACAAAGAAACAAACACUUGACCUCAAUUUCCUCAGCUAGGCUAGCUACUCUCGAUCGUCCAUGUCUAUGUCAUGCGGCGUGUGCGGCGGCGUAGCCAACUGCCUGCACCACCACAUCAUCGACCACGCCCCCAUGUUCCCUGUUCUUCGUCACGAGCCACCGCUGCUCGAGUACCAGUUCUUCGGCAACGGCCAAGGCCACAGCGUGGGAACGUGGCUCCCACCGCCGGCGGACCACCACAACGUCCAGAACACCAGGCCGCCGUCGACGUUUCAUGGCCUGCAGUACCCACCGCAUGGACACCAAGCAGCAGCUGGGCUGAUCACGUUCCAGGUCGACGCCGGCAGCCGACACAUGCCACCGGCUACACCACCCAUCGCCAUGCCAUUAUGUGGGAGCACACGCACUAACACCGCAGGAAGUGAGGUGAUAAUGGCUAUCGAUGGAGACAUGAUGAUGGUGGCGGCGCAUCAUCCAACGGUGCACGAGAGACGUGCAAAGGUGAUGAGGUAUAGGGAGAAGAGGAAGAGACGGAGGUACGAGAAGCAGAUCCGAUAUGAGUCCAGAAAAGCUUACGCCCAGUUGAGGCCACGGGUCAAAGGCCGCUUCGCCAAGGUGCAUGAAGAAGCCACUGUGCCAUUGUCACCACCACCAUCGACCUAUGAUCCCAGUAAAUUAGACCUCGGAUGGUUCCAUCCAUAACAUGUGAUACAAGCUAGCUAUAACUGUCCCAUACAUAUUUCUAGCUUAUCCUCCAAUGAAUAGUGUUCAUGAGUUCACACGAAGUGUAUGAUUAAAAAAAGCAUGACGAUGGUACGUGUUAACUAAACUGGGUAUUUUGAGAGCAUGGCUACCUGAAUUGGUGUGAUUUAUAUUGUAAUAAAUCUCAUUGGUACCCUUUUCAUGCCUUUUU